AUGGGUCGUCUUGUGGGCCUCUCCAACACAGGCCCCGGCCCCGGCCCGAUCAGGACCCACCCAUCCCCACCCUCGCCUUCCUCUACCGACCUCUUCUCCCCGUUGGGGAGCCUUGACGGCCUCGAUCGGGGGGACUUCUGUGAGGCCGCAUAUGAGGUGUUCUUCACGGCCUGCCGCUCGACACCGGGUUUCGGGGGACGGACGGCCAUAUCAUACUAUUCGGAUGGGGACGUGACGGGGACGGGGACUGGGACUGGGCCUGGGACGGUGAAGGCCCCGGGCGUGGGGAUGGCUGUGACGAGCCGGGUGAAGAGGGCGUUGGGACUGAAGAUGAUGCGUCGGUCGCCGUCGUCUAGACGGGCCAGCUCGUGCGGGUCAAACCCAUUGUCCCCGAGCGGGUCAGGGUCGAGCCCGAGAUCCAGCCCAAGGUUGGGCCCUCGGCUGAGGCGGCCCAUGACGUCGGCAGAGAUCAUGAGGCAGCAGAUGAGGGUGACAGAGCAGAGCGACAACAGGCUGCGGAAGACUCUCAUGCGCACGCUUGUAGGCCAAAUGGGGAGACGAGCGGAGACCAUCAUCCUCCCCCUGGAGCUCCUCCGCCACCUCAAACCCUCGGAGUUCAGCGACCCCCAUGAGUACCACCUGUGGCAACGACGACAGCUGAAGAUCCUUGAGGCAGGCCUCCUCCUCUAUCCCUCCACCUCCCUCGACCCCUCCGACACCUUCGCUCCCAAUCUCCGUGCCAUCAUCCAAGCCUCCGACCUCCACCCCAUCGACACCGGCAAGAACUCCCCCACCAUGCGUUCCCUCUGCACCUGCGUCGUCUCCCUUGCCUGCCGCUCAAGCCCGACGGACGGCUAUCCCCACUGGGCCGACGGCUACCCCCUCAACAUGCACCUCUACACUGCCCUCCUCUCUGCUAUCUUCGACCUCAAGGACGAGACCCUCGUCCUGGACGAGGUCGACGAGCUUCUCGAGCUCAUGAAGAAGACAUGGUCCACCCUUGGGGUUACCCGACCCCUCCACAACCUCUGCCUCAUGUGGGUGUUUUUCGAGCAGUACGUGGUGACGGGGCAGGUCGAGCCCGAUUUGCUUGGGGCAUCCUUCACUAUGUUGACCGAGGUGGCCAACGAUGCCAAGAGGGCUGACCGGGAUCCAGUCUACUUGCGGAUGCUCGCAGGGGUAAUGGGGAGCCUCACCAGGUGGUGCGAGAGGAGGCUGUUUAAUUAUCACGACAAUUUCGGGAGAGGGACGCUGGGUGUCAUGGAAAGUAUUCUGCCACUCCUUUUCUCUGCUGCUAAGAUAUUGGAGGAGGAUGUGCCGAGUUACGUCUUGCAAAGGGACGCCAGGGAUGAGUCAGCCGGGAACCGGGUUGAUUACUACGUUCGGUCGUCGUUGAGGAAUGCGUUCGCCAAGAUGCUAGAAGAUCAAAAUGUCAACGGUACAAAGUACACAGAAGCACACGAAGUGAGCGAGUUGCUCAUUAAGUUGGCUAAAAAGACAGAAGAACUAGCCGUCAAGGAGAAGGAUAUUUUCAGCCCUGUUCUAAAGAAAUGGCAUCCGGUCGCCGCUGGAGUUGCCGCUGUCACUCUACACACGUGCUUUGCAACAUUGUUAAAGCAAUACCUAACCGGGAAAUCCACGUCCUUGAAUGAGACCAUCUUGGUACUACAGAGGGCCGGUAAACUUGAGAAGUUUUUGGUACAAUUAGUGGUAGAGGACUCGGUCGACUGUGAGGAUGGGGGAAAAACGAUCGUGAGGGAAAUGGUUCCCUAUGAAGUCGACUCCUUCAUACUAAGGCUAUUGAAACAGUGGGUUCAGGAGAGGCUGCAGAAGGGAAAAGAAUAUGUCCUUAGGGCAAAGCAGACAGAAACAUGGAAUCCCAAGUCGAAAAGCGAACCUUAUGCUAAUUCGGCUGUUGAGCUAGCUGGGUUUGCCAAGGAAGCCGUGGAUGAUUUCUUUGAAAUUCCGGUCAACGUGUUGGAGAGUUUAUUCUUUGAUUUUGUGGAAGGUGUAGAGAAUCUCUUCCAAGAUUACAUCGCCUUUGUUUCAUCGUGCGGAUCAAAACAAAGUUACCUCCCCACACUCCCUUCCCUAUCGCGAUGCAGCCGCGACUCCAAACUGUCCAAACUGUUUAGGACGGCAUGCAGCGUGGGUGCGUCGACCAACACGAUAAUCGAGCAAGCCAGCAGUCCCAACCACAACAAUAACAACAACAACCCACGUCCCUCUACUAGCCGUGGGACCCAGCGCCUCUACAUCAGACUCAACACCAUCCACUAUCUCACCUCCCAACUCAACUCCCUUGCCAAGGCCCUCUCCCUCUCUCCCAAGGCCCCACCCUCGCCUGCUCGAUUUGACCGCUCCCUCUUGUCCCUUCAGGACGCGUCCCGCCACGUGGCAGAGGUUUCCGCCUAUCGCCUUGUCUUUCUCGACUCCAACUCCGUGUUCUACGGAGGGCUCUAUGCGGGCCACGUGGCUAGGGCCCGCAUCCGCCCCGCGCUGAGGCUGUUGAAGCAGAACCUGACCCUGCUGUGCGCCAUCAUCACCGAGCGGGUCCAGCCGCUUGCCUUGAAGGAGGUAAUGCGGGCCUCAUUCGAGGCCUUCCUCCUUGUCAUGCUGGCCGGAGGGAGCUCGAGGGUGUUCACCACAGCAGAUCACGCGCUUAUAGAGGAAGACUUGGAGAGCCUGAAGCGCAUGUUCUGCACGUGUGGGGAGGGUUUGUUAGUGGAGGACAUGGUGGAUAAGGAGAGCGAGACGGUGGAGGAUGUGGUGGGGAUGAUGGGGCAGCCGUCUGAGCAGCUGAUAGAGGAGCUGAUGAGCAGAAUGGGAGUGGGAGGGGGCUCAGGGGUGCCACUGCCGCCCACGACAGGGAAGUGGGGGCGCUCGGACCCCAACACCAUACUCAGGGUGCUGUGCUACAGGGACGAUCCAACGGCAAACCUCUUCCUCAAGAAGGUGUUCCGCCUGGCGAGGAGGCCCCGGAUCAGGAUGAUUUGA